GGGUAUUUACACCGGAAGUUAUGGUUUGUUUUCAAUGGAUACGGAUGAUGUGAAGCUGAAUAUCAAUGGAGUAGAAUUUCUUAUAGUUUUCCUAUUUUGAAAAUACGUAGAUGACAGCUUAUUCUUUGAUAUGUCUCGUACGCCAAGCGGAAGUAAGCACAGUGGUAGUAGUUCCCAUCAUGUACAGGGUGAGAGUAGAACAUCUAUCAAUGUAAAACUACCAUCAGCUAGCACCCAGGGUCGACAAACUGUAAGUCCAGAUAGAAAAUCAGUAUCAGAGAUAAAGUUGUCACCAUCACCAGCAGUUGUAACUCCUAGAAGUUCAUUCUCUGCUACUCUUCAAGGUCAGGAAUAUGGCCAUUCUCAUCGAGUCCCAUCACCCACCAGUACAGUAAGAACAACAUCAGUACUGGCCAGAAGUCUUCGAAAUGGUCCACAAAAUGAAAAAGAAUUAAUCAGACAAGCAGCAGCUUCAAUCAUUGAAAGAGGAUGGAUAGCACAUCGAGACAAACAAAUGUUCCGACUAUUGAAACAUUCGUUAUGUGCUGCUGAAACAUCCUUAUCUUAUGAAAUUUUACGAAAAGUUUGUCCUGCAGAAGCAGAAUUUUUUAAAGAUAAAAGUUCUCAAAUUAAAGUUAGAUUCAGGUUUGGUGGAGGUGAAUUCCCUCCAAUGAUCUUUUUCAAAGUAUUUUCUCAUAAUAAUGGAAAAGGAUUAAAAUAUUUGAGUGGCAAGAAAUUAAUCCGAGGAGCAACAGAGGCUGCCGAAGAUUCCCUCAAGUUAAUGGGUAAUCGUUUAUUUUAUGAUCACAUGAUACAAGAUGCUAUUCAUCAUCAUCAAUAUAAAAUAACAGAUGAGGUGGAUAUUACUACACUAAAAGAUUAUAUGCAGUAUAUUGCCAUCUUAGAUGAAACACCUGCUUAUCUUGGUGGUAAAGAUAAUUUUUGGAGAAAGUUAACGUUAGAUGUUUUACCCAGACAUACAAUAUUUUAUGAUAUUGUGGAUUAUGCUUAUAAUAAUCGUCUUUCUACACGAUUAAAAGAGGAGAUAACUCUACUGAUGAUACAACCUUUAUCUCAAGAAAUAAAGUUACAACAGAUAAAUGCAAUAGCUCAAAUGAGAUCACCAUGGAUACCAAACAUCCCUGUACCUACACCCAAAUCAGCUUUGAACAACCAGUCUGCAGGCAGACGUACAAAACAAGCGAGACUUAGAGCUUUAAAAAUGAGAAGAAUGUAUGGUCUGGAUGAUAAAAAUCAAACUGCUAAUGCUGAUGAUGAAACGUAUUUAGCUCAUUCUACAUAUUUAGAUAUGAUGAACGGUGGUGAUAACGAUGAUGACUGGGAACAGGAAGCUAAUAAACUAUAUGAAUGGACACAAGAUUUAUCAUUCCAUGAUGAUCUAGUAGCUACACCAAGACUUCUAGCACCAUCAUAGUCAAUCUACUUAAAAUACAGAUCUAUAUUUCAUUUCGUUUUUUAUACUUUCGAUGGCCCAUACUACAUGAAGAUCUGACCAGUUGUAGCAAUAGGUCGCGUCAGACAUUUGAUUAACCAAUCAGCAUUGAUGUUACUAGCAGAUUACCCACAAUUCCAUGCAAAAUAUGCCUAAAGUUUGUCGUAACAGACCGUUUCAUUGGCUUAUUUCUCACACUAUUCAGAACACGUCAAUGAUAACAACUUUUCCAGAUCCUAGUGUAGUAAAGACAAGUAAACAAAAUUUUGAACUAUAAAAACGAAACGAAAUAGGAUCUGUGUCUUAAUCUGAUUGCAUCUUAGUAAUAAUACUAUCAAUUGAACAAUUUAUGAAUCAUAGGGCAGUUAACAAAUUCAAUUUAUCUGCCAUGAUGAUCUAGUAGCUACACCAUGACUUCUGGCACCAUCUUAGUAAUAAAUACUAACAGUUGAACAGUUUAUGAAUCAUAAGAUAGUUAAACAUACAUUAUGCAAGAGCUAAAUCUGCCUAUUGCAGGUCUUUCUUUAGGCCUGAAAUGUUAUCUAAAUUAUUUAUUAGACAUUAAUUAACUUAUCCAGACCAUAAUAAACUAUUAAUGUCAUCGCUAGCCUACAAUAUUUACUGGAUUAGAAUCUGAUCUGCUGCUCAACGCUCAUUGAUGAUUAAAUCAAAAAAUGGAUAAUCAAGACUAUGUUUUUUAUCGAACAGACUUUAGUAAUGAUGAUCGAGGCUAGGACUAAAAUUGAAUCACUAAAUUCUUAGUUCAGAGUGGAUCAAUUUGACUGAAAUUUUCAGCAAAUUCUCUUUACAUUAUCUAGUUUUUAACUAUUAUAGUGAGAACUGCCAGCUCUUUAUUUAAUCUCCCAUAAUGUAUCUUUAACAAUUUCAAUUUAUCUGCCAUACUACCUUGAUUUGAAAUUAUGGACAGCACAUGAUAGUGUUUCAUCAGUUAAAGAUGCAUUAUGUAAAAGAGCUAAAUCUGCUUAUUGUAGGUCUUUAUUUUGGCUUCAAAUUUUACAUAAACUAUUAUUUAGGUAUUUAUUAACAUGACAAGCUUCUAAUCAACGCUCUAGGCAAUUGUAUGGCUGACAUUUAGUCUUGAUUGUCUAGUAUUGUUGCUAUGAUAUUAAACAAUCUGUGCUACAUCUUUCAACACCCAUAACUUUGUUCAGAAUAAAGUAAUUUGAAUGAAAUUUUCAAUAUAUUCAUUUUGAAUUAUCCUUUUUUUAAAACUAUUAUAACAAGAAUGACCAGCUGUUUAUCUAAAUCUUACAUAAUGCAUCUUUAAAAGAAGAGAUAACAACACUUUACUAUUUGGUGAUGUGUGCCAAAUUCCAAUUUGUGAGAAUGAGUAUUAAUAUUUGGUUAGCAGUUGAUUUUUAAAUCUUCAACAGUAAUUGUUAUCCUUUAAGAAAGGUAAUAAAUUAUAUAAAAAUCUGUAAAGUUUUAGAUAUUUACAUAUAAUCAUGUCCACAGGUCUCAUAAAAAUAUGAAUUAUAUAAAGCACAAAACCAUAAUAUUUUAAUUAAAGCAAUAUUUUGUUGAAGGUUCUGUCAACGUUAUCAACGUUACGAAUUAUAUUGAUGGUAUUUUUGUGUCGAAAUAAAACAUAUAUUGGUUCAAUUUAAAAACUUAUGUGAUAAAUAAUUUAUGUUUAAUAUUAAUUGUGAUAUAUUUAAAUAAUUAUAUUAAAGUAAAUCUUUUAUUUUUUUGUUGUGUACAUUUAGAUAUAAAAUUAAAAUAAA